AACCUAACAAAUAAAAUCCCCAUAAUUGGUACCACGUGUUCGAACAUAACCUUUCUUUUUCCAGCCAUCUUGGAAGCUUGUUUGUCGUGAUAAUUUAGCGAAUUUUCUUGAUUUCGAGACAUGGCCAAGUCGAAGAAUCACACAAAUCACAACCAGAACCGCAAGGCCCAUCGUAAUGGGAUCAAAAAACCGAAGCAGUUCCGUCACGAAUCGACCCUUGGGAUGGAUUCUAAGUUUUUGAAAAACCAGAAGUUCUCAAAAAGGCACAAUUUGAGUACAGCUAAACAGCGUCUCCGUGCCCAGGAAAGGAAGGCCAAAGCCAAGAAAUAAUGUAAUAAUUUGACUUAAAUUACAUUUAAUUAUAAAAACACA